UGUCACAGCAGACGAACGUUCUAAAGAGUUAGCGGUUAUUGUGAGUGUCAUCAUACUUUAUUACAUGUCCACUGAUUUCUAUCCGUCCGUCCGGUGUUUCUGCUACGUUGAUUAUAUUCUGUGAAUCUAAGGAAUGUUUGAAUUACCAGAUAUCUUUAAAUUCUUAUUUGUAUUAGCAUAAGGCGCCUAGUGCGCCUCCCGUCACGAUGAACAUGUGUCGGGUUCGACUGUUAUUCUACUUUUUGGCGUUUAGCCUACUCCCUUUUGUCCGUUCUGACGAGCAUACUCACAUCUAUGAAGAUAACGAUGAAGUUGUACUGUGGAUGAGUACAGUUGGACCAUAUCACAAUCGUCAGGAAACCUAUUCGUAUUAUUCACUACCUUUCUGCAUGGGCACAAAAGAUGUCAUUAAUCAUUAUCAUGAAACCUUUUCUGAAGCAUUACAAGGCAUUGAACUUAAAUUUAGUGGUUUGGAAAUUGAAUUUAAAGCUGAUGUUGCAAAGGUGGAAUAUUGUCAGAUAAAAUUAACUGAAGAAAGUGAGAAAGCUUUUAUAUAUGCAGUUAAGAAUCAAUAUUGGUAUAAGAUGUAUAUGGAUGAUCUCCCAAUAUGGGGUGUCGUGGGAGAACCAGAGGAGAACAAUGGAGUUGUAUCUUAUUAUAUUUGGACACACAAGAAGUUUGAUAUAGGAUAUAAUGGAAAACAAAUAGUUGAUGUAAAUUUAACCAGUGAAAACAAGGUGAAAUUAGUACAAGGAGCAGCUAUUUUUUUCAGUUACGAAGUUAAUUGGAAGAAGAGCAAUGUUAAAUUUGAAGAUAGAUUUGAUAAAUAUUUAGAUCCUAACUUUUUCCAACAUAGAAUUCACUGGUUCAGUAUUUUUAAUAGUUUUAUGAUGGUAAUUUUCCUUGUCGGUCUUGUUUCAAUGAUUUUGAUGCGUACAUUAAGAAAGGAUUAUGCUAGAUAUAGUAGAGACGAAGAAAUGGACGACAUGGAACGGGAUUUAGGAGAUGAAUACGGAUGGAAACAAGUUCAUGGAGAUGUAUUUAGACCAGCUAGUCAUGCAAUGCUGUUUUCAGCUCUUAUAGGUGCAGGCUAUCAGGUUACAGUAGUUGUUCUCAGUGUCAUUAUUUUUGCUAUACUUGGAGAACUUUAUACAGAAAGAGGAUCAAUGUUAUCUACAGCAAUUUUUGUAUAUGCUGCUACAUCACCUAUAAAUGGCUAUGCUGGAGGAGGUUUAUACGCACGUAUGGGCGGACGUAUUUGGAUAAAACAAAUGAUCGCCAGUGCCUUUAUGUUACCUCUUAUCGUUUGUGGCACUGCAUUUUUCAUUAAUUUCAUCGCAAUGUAUUACCAUGCUAGCCGGGCCAUACCUUUUGGUUCUAUGGUGGCAGUGACAUGUAUUUGUAUAUUUGUUAUAUUGCCAUUAACAUUAGUUGGAACCAUUUUAGGCCGCAAUUUAGCUGGAACACCGGAUGCUCCGUGUAGAGUAAACGCGGUACCUCGACCUAUUCCCGAAAAAAAAUGGUUCAUGGAACCACUAGUUAUUAUAAUGCUCGGUGGUAUCUUACCCUUUGGAUCAAUAUUCAUCGAAAUGUACUUCAUUUUUACCUCAUUUUGGGCAUACAAAAUCUACUAUGUUUACGGAUUUAUGUUGCUAGUAUUCGUUAUUCUAAUGAUAGUAACUGUUUGUGUUACUAUUGUGUGUACAUACUUUUUGCUAAACGCUGAAGACUAUCGAUGGCAGUGGACAAGUUUUUUAGCUGCAGCUUCAACGGCUGGAUAUGUCUAUAUAUAUUCCUUCUAUUAUUUCUUCUUUAAAACGAAAAUGUACGGUCUUUUCCAAACAGCAUUUUACUUUGGUUACAUGGCGUUAUUCAGCCUUGCUUUGGGCAUAAUGUGUGGAACAGUCGGUUAUGUCGGUACUAACGCAUUUGUACGAAAGAUUUAUUCCACAGUGAAAAUAGACUAAAGCACAAUUUUAGUGUAACGUCUACGUCAUGGAUUAAAAUAAGAACGUACAAAGUGAUAUCUACUGGUCUUCAUGAAGUACAGUUCUUCUUUUCGAUAGUUUAAAUUAUUUACGUUCAUCGUGAUGCGCAAAUGCAGCUUGUGAAAAGAACCUUCUAAAUUAACAUCAUUUACCUGCCGUUGCCGAUAACGUGAAUACUUAAACAAAUGAUACUUUCAUUAUUAUAUAUUUCGAAACUAUUCAACAAUUGUUUUAUUUUUAUUAUUAUUAUUAUUAUUAUUAUUAUUAUU